AUGGCGUCGCAGCAACAGAACCGGAAGGACACCGCAUCGAAGCAAGACGAAGGCCACGACCUUGACCUGAAGGAGAUCGGCAAGUACCGCGCGGAGGCGCAGCAGAACUCUGCCGACGCCAUCCGUGCCGCCCAGGAGCGGUACAACGAGGCCAACAGGAAGCUGCAGGCGGGCGGCGGCGCGGCGGCGCACGGCGCCAAGGGUGGGACCGUGACGGUGACCCAGGCGCCGGGCGUCACGGCGGUGGUCUCCUGUCAGGAGAGCAAGAACCAUCCUUCCAAGCAGGAGACGAGCCCUGCCGCGGCGCACGGACAAGGUGGCGCGUUGACGUCGUCUCGGGGUACAGAGAAGCAGCACGCCACGAAGCAGAAGGAGGGCCGUGGGCAUGGGACCUCGGGCCACGACGAGGCCGGGAGGCACCGCGGCGAGGAGAGGAUGAGCUCGGUGGAGGCCACCCGCGCCAACGCCGGCAGCUAUGACAUGGUCAAAGCGAAAGAGCGCGGCUCGACCGGCGUGAAGGACACUGCCACGCAGACGCUUGGCUCCGCGGGUGACCAGGCUGUCGCCAAGGGCGCGGAAGCGAAGGACGCCGCCGCGCACGGCGCGGGGCUCACGGCGGAGAAGACUAAGGAGGCCACGGGCACCGCGGCGGAGUACGCGAAGCAGACCGCCGCGAAGACCAAGGAGGUCACGCUCGCCGCGGGCGGGACGGCUGCGGAGUACGCGAAGCAGGCCGCCGUGAAGGCCAAGGACGUCACGGCGAGCACCGGCGGGACGGCCGCGGAGUACGCCAAGACGGCCGCCGAGAAGGCGAGGGAGGCGGCGCUGGCGGCCGGCAAGACGACGGCCGGGUACACGCAGCAAGCGGCGGUGAAGGGCAAGGACGUGACGCUCUCCACCGGCCAGACGGCCGCCGAGUACGCCAAGACGGCGGCGGAGAAGGCGAAGGACGCCGCGCUGGCUGCGGGGAAGACGACGGCCGGGUACACGCAGCAGGCGGCCGUGAAGGCCAAGGACGUGACGCUGUCCACCGGGGCGCAGGUGGCGCAGAAGGCGAAGGAGGUGACCGCGGACACGGCGCAGAAGGUGGCGGAGUACGCCAAGGAGACGGCGGAGCAAGGGAAGGCCGCUGCUGCCAGGGCCGAGGAGAAGGCCAAGGAGGCUGCGGCCAGCGUCGCGGACAAGGCGGAGGAGCCAGGCUUUGACACGAGCGCGCAGGGGUCGUCUGUGAAGGACGCAACCGGUUCCAUGGCGCAGAAGGCCAGUGACAGGGCUGCGUACAUGAAGGACUCCGUGAAGGACGCGGCAGGAGGCACGGCGGAGAAGACCCGCGACAUGACUGCAGAAACCAAGGGCAGGGCCGAGGACACAACCAGAGACAUGGGGGACAGGACCGGAGGCGUGACUGCCCAGGUGAAGGACUCGGCCGGAGCCAUGGCGCAGAAGGUUACUGACACGGCCGCGUACAUCAAGGACUCGGUGACGGACGCAGCUGGACGCACGGUGGAGAAGGCCAGGGACGUUGGGUCGCAGGCAGGGGAGGCAAAGAACAGAGCGGUGGAGACCGGCAAGAACGCCACCACCGGCGGCGGCGCGUCGGAGACGGCCAAGGCAAAGGCUGAAGGUACCGAAGAAGACACGACGAUAGUGGGCGACGUCCUGGAGGCGGUGGGCGCGACCGUGUACGGGAUAGCCAAGCACACCAAGGGGAUCGUCGCCGGUGAAGAGGAGCUCAUCCCCGUCAAGGGAGGAGAUCAGGCGGCCAAGAUGGAAGGCAGGGACAAGUCUGAUUAAGCGGAUCCACAGUUGGCACGUUGCACUUACUUUGCCUAGAUACGUAUGUUAGUAGUGUAUAGGGAGUGUUAGCU